CGGUGGCGGCGACGGCUGUGGUGAAGGAGGAGGAGCCGGAGCCGGAGCUGGCACCCAGGGCCGAACCAUGGACGAGGAAUACGACGUGAUCGUGCUGGGGACCGGCCUCACCGAAUGCAUCCUGUCUGGCAUCAUGUCAGUGAACGGCAAGAAGGUGCUGCACAUGGACCGGAACCCCUACUAUGGCGGGGAAAGUUCCUCCAUCACACCCCUGGAAGAGCUGUAUAAGCGUUUUCAGUUCCUGGAGGGGCCCCCUGAGUCCAUGGGCCGUGGCCGAGACUGGAAUGUUGACCUGAUCCCCAAAUUCCUGAUGGCCAAUGGGCAGCUGGUGAAGAUGCUGCUGUACACAGAGGUGACGCGCUACCUGGACUUCAAAGUUGUCGAAGGCAGCUUUGUCUACAAAGGGGGCAAGAUCUACAAAGUGCCAUCCACGGAGACCGAAGCCUUGGCUUCCAAUCUGAUGGGCAUGUUCGAAAAGAGGCGCUUCCGCAAGUUCCUGGUGUUUGUGGCAAACUUUGACGAGAACGAUCCCAAGACCUUCGAGGGGGUUGAUCCCCAGACUACUAGCAUGCGUGAUGUCUACCGGAAGUUUGAUUUGGGCCAGGAUGUCAUUGACUUCACUGGCCACGCCCUGGCGCUCUAUCGCACUGAUGACUACUUGGACCAGCCCUGCUUGGAGACCAUCAACCGCAUCAAGCUAUAUAGUGAGUCCUUGGCCCGGUAUGGGAAGAGCCCAUACUUGUACCCGCUUUAUGGCCUCGGUGAACUGCCCCAGGGAUUUGCAAGAUUGAGUGCCAUCUAUGGUGGGACAUAUAUGCUGAACAAACCCGUGGAUGACAUAAUCAUGGAGAAUGGCAAGGUGGUGGGUGUGAAGUCAGAAGGAGAGGUGGCCCGCUGCCGGCAGCUGAUCUGUGACCCCAGUUAUGUCCCAGAUCGGGUGCGGAAGGCGGGCCAGGUGAUCAGGAUUAUUUGUGUCCUGAGCCACCCCAUCAAGAACACCAACGACGCCAACUCCUGCCAAAUCAUCAUCCCCCAGAACCAGGUCAACAGGAAGUCAGACAUCUACGUGUGCAUGAUCUCCUACGCGCACAACGUGGCUGCGCAGGGCAAGUACAUCGCCAUUGCCAGCACUACGGUGGAGACCUCGGAGCCUGAGAAGGAGGUGGAGCCGGCCCUGGAGCUGCUGGAGCCCAUAGACCAGAAGUUUGUGGCUAUCAGCGACUUGUAUGAGCCCAUUGAUGAUGGCUCAGAGAGCCAGGUGUUCUGUUCCUGCUCCUAUGACGCCACUACCCACUUUGAGACAACCUGCAACGACAUCAAAGACAUCUACAAACGCAUGGUAGGCUCGGCGUUUGACUUCGAGAACAUGAAGCGCAAGCAAAAUGAUGUGUUCGGCGAAGCUGACCAGUGACUGCCGCCACCGGGCUGGGCCGGCUGCCUGUCUCUGGCUCCCUCUGCUCCCUACCCCAGUACCCUUCACCCCCCUCAACGAUUUACUAACCAAAUCCUUAACCUGAGCGGUGGCUUGGGAAGUGGGGGUUUGGGCAGCAUUCUUUCUUGGCCAUUCCUUUAUCCUGGAAAAAGAGGGCUCCUCCCUCGUGUGUGUCUCUCCUCACCCUGAUUCUUCUGCUGUUUGGGAAGAACGUGGAGGAAAUGCUGGCUUUUGGUCCCAUUGCUCUUACUCCCCUCGUAGUGGCCUUCAGAGAUAUCCUCCCCCUCCACCCCCAGUCUUGUGUGUGUUGGAAGAGAAGGGGCCCUCCCAGCACAAAGUUGCAUUCCCUGUAAUUUAUUGUAAUUUAUUAACCUUGGUCCCACUGGAGGAGCUGGUGUUGAGUCAGCCCAGCCGGCCUUCAAGAGGGGAAGCCAGGCCAGGUGGCUGGAGGUCCAGGUUGCUUUUUGUUUCUUGCCUGUUCGUCUGUGCCCUCUGGUAGUUGCUGAGAGAAAACAAGCAAUUUGAGCCAAGCAGAAGGAGGUUGGAAAUGGAGCCCCACCCUGUGCCCCCUCCAGUCCCCUUUUCCUUAGUGGUGGAAACCCCAGCCCUGCAAAGCGAAUGUGCCCCCUCCCCGAGCUCUAGUGUACCUCCAGACCAAGCAUCCAAUAAACCUGUGUUGAAACCCGA